AUGUUCUACACGAUGUACCUGUCCAGCGUGUGCCAACGCCGCCAAUGGCCCGACCCUCUCUACGAGCCCUACCGCAACCGCAACGGUCACUACUGCAAAGUCCGCGUCAAUAACCGCGAAUACACCACCGAAGUGCCCUACGCCUCCGAAGCCCUCGCCCGCGACGGCGCCGCCCAAAAAGCCUACAUGAUCUGCCGCAACUUCUCCGUCAACGAUGGCAUGUUCCCCGGUCAACGACCCGGCCAAAGAACGUCUGGUGGUGCAAUCCAGGGCUUGCCCGUUGCCAUUGGCACGGGGAGAAGGAGCAAUCGCAGCUCUGGGGCGAGCUAUGAUACUGGCAGCACGGAUGGCACGAGCAGUGGGGGGAAUAGCCCGCGGAGUAUGGAGAGUGGAUUCGAGCAGCAAAUGCAGCAGGUCACGGCACAAGUCCCCAAGCCUGCGAUGAGAAGACCGACCAAGGACGAGGCGUACAUAUGUUUAUGUCGUCGGGCACCCGUGCGGGCUUAUGGACGUUGUGCGUGGUGUUUGAGGGAGAGUGGUUGGCAAUGA